AUGCAAUCAACAAAGUCAUUCACCAGUGAUGAUGCUGCAACCUGGAACGGGCUGCAAGGCCUUGUGGAUAACGCCAUGCAGCAACCGUCACCGCUGCACCUGUCACCGCAGCUCCCUUCAACAUACGUGAGAGGCAGUUUCAUAAGAAGCGGGUCCGCUCGCAUAUUCCACUUGCCAGCGUCUCCUACUAAGAGCAAAAUACUUCCUCGCGGGCGCACAAUCCCACAGCGUACACGGGUCAAAUUGCCGAGGGGGUCUCUCCUGAACUGCGGAAAUGCGGCAGGGAGUGGUGCUGGGAAUGGUGCUAGUGGUGAUGGGAAUGGUGCUAGUGGUGCCGGAAAUGGUGCUAGUGGUGCUGGGAAUGGUGCUAGUGGUGCUGGGAAUGGUGCUAGUGGUGCUGGGAUUGGUGCUAGUGGUGCAGGGAAUGGUGCUAGUGGUUAUGGGAAUGGUGCUAGUGGUGAUGGGAAUGGUGCUAGUGGUGAUGGGAGUGGUUCUAGUGGUGCUGAGAAUGGUGCUGGUUGUGCUGGGAAUGGUGCUGGUGGUAUUGGGAGUGGUGCUUGUGAUGCUGGGAGUAGGAAUGGGAGUGGUGUAGGGGGCCCUACAAACGAUGCUAGGAGUGGUGUUAGUGGUGUUGGGAGUGGUGCCAGUGGUGGUGGAAGUGGUGCAAGUGGUGUUGGGAGUGAUGCAAGAGAUGCUAGGAGUGGUAACAGGAGUGGUGCCGGGAUUGGUGUAGGGAGCAACGCUAGUGGUGCUGGGAUUGGUGUAUGGGGUGGUGCUAGUGGUGCUGAGUAUGGUGCUAAGGGGAAUGCCAGGAGUGGAGGUGGUGAUGGGAGCUUAGUCCAGUGCACUGAUCCACACACGACUUCUGGCACAGAAGGGAGCCACGGUCCGCACACGCUGGCAGAGGAGCGAGUAGAGGAGAAGAGGCGCAAGCGGCAGCUAUCCAACUGUGCGUCCUCGCGAAGAGCGCGGUAG